CAGGCUCCGCUCAGCCUCAUUUCCGGCUGCGACUCGUCUCGCCUACGUCCGGGAGCGGUUGAGCCUCCUUCUUCUCCUCCGUGAAGCUUUCGGGCCGAGAGGAUCCAUCCUGGCGGGAGCGGCUCGUGGGGCUCCGAUCGCGGCCAUGAGCGAGGCAGAAGUGAACCCCAAAGCUUACCCUCUGGCUGAUGCACAGCUCACCAAGACACUGCUGGAUCUUGUACAGCAGUCUUGCAACUACAAACAGCUACGCAAAGGUGCCAAUGAAGCUACUAAGACACUGAACAGAGGAAUAGCAGAAUUCAUCGUGAUGGCUGCAGACGCUGAGCCCUUGGAGAUCAUCCUACAUCUGCCACUUCUUUGUGAGGACAAGAAUGUGCCCUAUGUUUUUGUGCGCUCCAAGCAGGCCUUGGGGCGGGCAUGUGGUGUCUCCCGGCCUGUCAUUGCCUGCUCAAUUACUAUCAAGGAAGGGUCUCAACUGAAACCUCAGAUUCAGUCUGUCCAGCAAGCCAUUGAGAGACUGCUGGUCUAGAAACCAGUAGGUCCAGUCUGUACUUGGCAAAAUAAAAUUGGAGUGAGGGAAUUUAAUGUUUUAUUUUUAGUUGACAAGGCAGUGGUUUGGUUUCAGAUGUUUUCAUUUCAAAAUGCCAGGUAUUUGUUUUACAGUGGCUUGAUUCUAUUUUUGUUUCAAUUCUUCACUAUAGCCAGCCUGGAUUUUCUCUCCCCUUCCUUCUCCCUUCCUUCCAAAUACAAGUCACGCUUGUUAAAGUACUUCUCAGAACUCUAUUGUAUAACAAUUGUUCUUGUCCAAUGUGAAAAAUAAGUUAUCGCCCCCUGUAGCCUCACUAACUGAUCCCCCAUUACAAUGCUGUUUUUUGCAAGAUGUUCUGCUAGAAUCUCAGCUUCUACUAGACUGUGCCAAACCAUGCUAAAUGGUUUUGUUUGAUGAGGAAAACAAAAGCAAAUCCUUGCUGUAAUUCAUUUUCAGGUUACUGGAAUUGCUGCUUACAUUUAAUUUCAAAUAAUAGGAGAGCAAGCAUGGCUACUGUGUAGCAGAAAACAUUGGUGUUUGCUAUUGAAAUGGGACAAGACAGCUAUCAGUGGUGAGGGGGGGAGAAAUCCCACUGCAAUGCAAAGGGUGACAGCUCUAACCGUGCUUUUUUUUUUAAUUUUUUUUUUUUAAAUAAAUUUCACAACUGGAGCAUA